GGGAAAACCACUCCCACAUAGUGACGUCACUGUGAUGCGAGAGCUCAUUAAUGUUUUGUUGUUAUGUCUUGUGUUAACGUAAAUGGUCCUCAAAAGAGACUUUUCACUAAAGUGUUUUAACGUGUUGAGGUAGAAGAUGUGUUAAGCAGUUCGUUAAAACCCAGUGUUCAUUCAUGAAGUUGUGUAUUUGUGUAAUUUUAUAUAAUAUUUGAAGGUCGCGGUAAGCGUGUCAGUAAAGGAACAGAUAAUGGCUACCGUCGUACGCGAAGGCACUACACAAACGAAAGUUUUGAUAAUAGGAGCAGGAAUUGCGGGUAUUUCAUCGGCGGAAUACUUGGCGAAAAAUGGAUUUACAGACUUCAAAAUCAUCGAAGCAGCAGAUCGCAUUGGGGGGAGAAUAUGGACCCACGAUAUUGGAGGCACGUCGCUCAAGGUGGAGAUGGGAGCAAACUGGAUUCAUGGCAUCGAGCGCAACCCCAUCUACCAGAUAGCCGACGAGAACGGCUUGCUACAGCUGCGAUACAAGGACAAGGGUCUUAGACAUCGUAAUAUCUUCUUGACGGAGACUGGGGUGGAGGUGCAUUCCAAGACGGUCAUGGAGUGUGACUUCACGUACGGACUUCUCAUACAGCAGUGCGAGGAGUUCUUCCAAAUGAGCAUGCCCACGCCGUACGACAUUGACAGUGUCGGCGAUUACAUGGACGUUGAGAUUGAGGAGAAGCUUGAGAACUUUAUGGGGUCUGAACGGAAGAUGCGGGAGAUGAUAUUUAACCAGCACAUUAAGCAGGAGACGGUGGUGUCUGGAUGUAAUGACCUACAUGAGGUGUCGCUAAGUGAGUUCGGUUGUUACGAGGAACUGCCCGGUGUACACUAUACUAUACCCCCUGGUUUCCAGUCAGUGCUGGAUAUACUUCUCGGUAAAGUGCCUGAAAACAAUAUACUGUUGAAUCACACUGUAAAGUCUAUACGCUGGGGAAAUAAUGACAAUGAUGGGGGUGUGCUCGUUGAAUGUGAAAAUGGUAGAAAAUUUAGUGCGGAGAGGAUAAUUUGGACAUGUUCACUCGGUGUGCUCAAAGCGUCUUGUGAUAGAAUGAUUGACCCACCGGUUGAUAGAAUGUUUGACCCGCCACUACCGAAGGAAAAACGGGACGCUAUAGAACGUCUCGGGUUUGGAGUUGUGGAUCGUGUGAAUCUGAUUUUUGACGAGCCCAUUGUGGACACUGACAUUUUCCGCAUAGAGUUGUUGUGGGAUGAUGAGAGUUAUAACGCUGAGAACAGAAAUCCAGACAUGUCUACUUUGUGGUACAGAAAGCUCUAUUCCUUCGAGGUUGUCAAUGACAACUUGUUAUCAGGUUACCUGUGUGGUAAGGAAGCACUAUACAUGGAAUCUCUGACGGAGGAUCAAAUAGCGUCCGACCUGCGUGGUGUUCUAGAGAAGUUCCUCAAGAAACACAUUCCACUGCCAACAAAGGUCGUCAGGUCUCGCUGGGGCAACAGCAAGAACACGAGGGGCUCGUACUGCUACAUCAAGGUUGGGGCCACGGUGGGAGACGUAGACACUCUGGCACAGCCCAUCUGUGACAAUAAUGGCAAGCCGCUGCUGCAGUUUGCAGGGGAGGCAACCCACUCGUCGUUCUACUCUACGACUCAUGGGGCCUUGCUUACGGGACACAGAGAGGCCAAGCGUAUACUGGAUCUGUACGGCAUUGCCAACUCUAAAUGAUGACAGCAACCGACCUAGCUACUCUCCACGUUAAUAGUGUUGUGAUCGUUGUCACAAGACUGGUGCACAAAUAAUGCUUAUAUACUGUGCACAUUAACCCUUUGCAUGCUGGGAAAUUUGUCGUCUGCUGAAUUUCUAAAAUUAGCAGUUUCUUCGAUUUUUUUCAAAAAAUACUAUCAGAACAGCAAACAGUUUGGAUCCUGAUGAGACACCACGUUCUGUGGCGUCUCAUCUGGAUCUAAACUGUUUGCAAAGGCCUUCAAAAUUUUGUUUCAGCACUGAAAGAGUUAAGUUGAUAAAAUCAAUUAAAUUGAAAGGAUGACAGUUAUAAGACAUGUGAUAAUGUAGCGUAUCGACUGUCACCGAAGUCUGCAGUUAUAUGAGCAAAGAUAUUGCAAAAUAUAUUAUUAUGAGCACGUGUUUUAUUAUGUAUGAUAUAAUUUACGUGUAUAUUAACUCUGUUUGAUAGUACAAAUGUGUAUUAACAUAUGUUUGGUUUUAAAUGUGUAUUAACAUAUGUUUGGUAUUUAUUUUAAGGAUUUAUAUUUUAUGCAAAAGACACAACUGUAAAAUGUACAGUACAUGCAACACUUUGUUAUGACUUCUUACUUGUAAUUCACCCGUAGAAUUCAUUGUUAUAAUUGCAAUCGUACACAAGUUUUUAUCUUGCCUUUUUAAUAUGUAUGUGAUUUUUUACUGAAAGAAUUUUAAGCAGAUCAUAUGAAAUUCUAAAUUCAUUUUACUGUACUGUAGUAAUCAAUAAAUUAAUUAAUUUGAUAAUGAUUUUUUUUCAAAGUGUGUUGUGCUCACCAUAUUCUGCCCCAUUCCAUUUCUGGGUUAUUAUGAGAAUAUGACACUAGGGUAAAAUCUGCCUGUUGGUUAUUGUUAUCAUUGCGAAAUAGUAGCACAUGCUUUAGUAUGACGUUGGAAUAACAAUGUCAAACUCUCCAUGAAAACUUUCAGGAAACAUCAGAAAAGUUCUUCUUUUUAGCUUGGCUGUUUUCGGAGAAAACCCGAGGUAUUGUCAUAGCUAGCUCGGCGUCUGCCGUCCGCUGUCCACUGUGAUAAAACCUUAACAUUGGCUCUAAAAUCAAAGUGCUUCCACCUACAACUUUGAAACUUCAUAUGUAGAUGCACCUUGAUGAGUUCUACACGCCACACCCAUUUUUGGGUCACUAGGUUAAAGGUCAAGGUCACUGUGACCUCUAAAAAAAAUAAAAAAAUCUGACAAGCUUUCAUUUAUUUAAAACUGCAUCCACAGCCGAGCGUUGGCACCCGUUAUGCGGAGCUCUUAUUUUAAAUUUGGUAUAGCUCCAUUAGUUGUAUGUCUUAAAUUUGACUCGACUAAGUAAAACAUGAUUUUGUUUAAAUUCAGUAUAACAUGGGUGUUUUCCUUGGCAUUAAAUUUGACACUAUUCGUUCAACUUGAUGAUUAUUUUGCAUUGUGAAUACUUUCAUUUAAAUGUUUAGAAAAAACAUGUUUUGAUUUCAUGUGUUACUCAUUAAAAGAAAAUCUUGUAUGCAUUUUCUGGUUUUUUUAAUGUUUUUGCUUUAAUACAACACCAUCACAUGUUUAAUUGUAAUGUUAUUUUUAAAUAAAAGCAGCAUAUAACAUAUUGGUGAUAAAAGACACAACAUUAAAGAACAUUUUGAGUAGGUAUACAAAUGUGUGUGCUAAUUUGUGCAAUUUCAGAGUUAUGUUUUAAUCUAGAUGUCAUAUUUGUUUAUUUUAAUAUAAAUAUCUAUACACCUGUAUACAGGAAAUGAUGUUUGUGUUUUUGUAGACUAUGUGCUAAGUGCUUUUUGAAAGUAUGAUAGGAAAUCAAGAGAUUAUGUGUUUCUUUUGUGACCAUAUAAUAUGUUGUUUGAACAAUGCCAUUUAAAUAUUCCUUUUGUGUAAAAGUUAGAACAUUUACAGGUAGAGAACAUUUACAGGUAGAAAAUAGUUUGCCAUUUUACUAAUAGUCACAUGAUCAUAAUUUUCCAAGUACCUGUUAUUAAAAUUGUAGGUGUAAAAAUGUGCUUUUUUCUUUAAUUUUAUAUCAGACAUUAAUUUUGACGAAUGAUUUUUCGAAUCAGUGAUGAAAGCUGUUGAUUCACUUGUUUUGAAUGUUCAGACACGACUCAUAAUAAUUCAUAUGACAAGAUGUCAAGACAAAUUAAAUUGUUUUUAUGUCCCCCACCGCUAUAGUGGGGGACAUAUUGUUUUUGCCCUGUCUGUUGCUUUGUUUGUUUGUGUGUUUGUUUGCGUCAAACUUUAACAUUUGCCAUAACUUUUGCAAUAUUGAAGAUAGCAACUUGAUAUUUGGCAUGCAUGUGUAUCUCAUGGAGCCGCACAUUUUGAGUGGUGAAAGGUCAAGGUCACCCUUCAAGGUCAAAUGUCAAAUAUAUAGUCUCAAAGCAGCGCAGUAGGGGACAUAGUGUUUCUGACAAACACAUUUCUUGUUUGAAAUUUGUUUUUGGAACAUAUAAACAAAUAAAGUAUUUUUUUUUUAAUAUAUCAAUGAGUCUCAAUCAGAAAUCAGAAAUCAUCAUUUUUCUUAACUCAGGAUGAUUCGUAUCCAUUCGAAUGAAUGAAGCUACCCUUGGACAAGUGUCCAUGAAAAUGUAAUUUUGGUAUUCAACUGUUUUAUUGAAUUAGGUUUACAUAUUAAAAGACAAGUGUUGCUUUUUUUGUACAAGCAUAUGUUACCAUAGAUCUUCUAUUUGUGUACACUGUGUUGUGUGAUUAUAGAAAUCAUACACCGUGUGCAACAGUGAACUAAAUGUUUUUACUAUCCCAGAUAUAUCAAUAAUCAUAUAAUUAUAUGAUUGUCAUGUAAAUCCAUUUCUGGGUUGAAGAUUAAAUUGUGUGUUGUUUUUACGAUUGAAAUAUUUUGCUGAUGUUUGAUUUCAUAAUCUGCAACAUUGCCCUUCUUUGAUUGGCAUAAUCUUUUAUGCUUUUAUAUUUAUUUUUUGUUUGUUUUACUUUAGCAAGCGAUAUGUGCUGGCAGUUGCAAGAUUAUUGUAUGUAUAUUAUUUCAUCAGAUCAGAAACAAAUGUAGAAUUAAUUGCAACUCAAAGAAUAUACUGCUCAAACAUUUGAGUGUUGAGUGUAAAACUGUUCUAUCCGCUCAUAGUUUGUUUAUGAGAUACCCCAGUUUCACUUUCAUAACGAGUUUUACACUUAUUGGUCACAUUUAUUCAUAAUGCUUUUUCAAACUGCCUCAUUUGGUCUGAACAAAACGCAUAUGUUUUUCCCAUGAACAUGUUUCCUCAUUGCACAAGCAGAUGUACCUGGUGUAAACUGCGCAAAAAAGAAAUGUCAGCUGGUCAUUCAGCUCUUGCAGUCUUUUGGUGUGUCUGUACAGCACACGUUAGUUUCAUGAUAUUCCAUGUGUAUGAUUUUAAACUGUAUGUAAUGUGUGAUGAGAUUAUCUGUUGGAUUUGUCUGCUUUUGCUUAUAAUAAAGAGUAUCACUGUUAUUUUGGGUGUUAUAAUUUAGCAUACUUCAUAUGUCUUUUUAAGAAUUAAUAGCAGCAUGUUAGAAUUACCCAGUUACUUAGCCUUUAAGUGGUAUUGACAUUUUUUACUUUUAUUUAGUUGUUGAUUUUUUUCACUGUUUCAUUUGCUAAUUGGUGUUGUUUAUAAUAUUCCUAAAAUCAUAUUAUUUCUGUUGUGCUAUGUUUGGUGAUUCCUUGUUUGUUUUAAUAUAGAUAUUCGUAUAAUAUUAAAACUUCUAUUUAAGUAUGAAUGUUAUUACAUGCGAUUACAAAAAAUAAAUUAGAUGUUGUAAGAUUAACUUAAUACACAAAUCUGAAUGCUGUAUACCUCAUGGCUUUAUUAUUCAUGUGCACAUGUAUUUAAAAUUGAGUGAGGAAUGAACUUGAAGGCUUGGGUUUGUUGUCAUGUGUUGUCAUAUGUGGCAGUCUGGUCCGGAGCUACCCCGGCAACUAAUGAGACCACCAAAUCUUUCGUGAUUUUAUAACGGCAAGUGUAGCUGCUGACCAGCUGGCCGCGCAUUGCAUAAGACCUAGUUUUGCAUGACCCAGUUCUGUAUGUUGGUUUUACAAUUGUAAUGUAUUAUUAUGUGUUGGAACAAUCUGGCUAUUGUUUCAGUUUAACAGGAGUGUACAAUUAUAUGCAUUUUAAAAUGAUGGACAUGGGUUAAAUGGUCAUAAUGAAGUAUAUUGAAGUAUACUGACCACAGUAAAUACUGUAAUAUCAAAACUUAGUACAUUUUGGUCAUGUGAAUUGACAAUUAUUGGGAUUUAAUUUUAUCAGUACAUCACUGUGAUAUGAGCCAUAUAGUUAAUCAUAUGAGUCGCGUUCUGAGAAAACUGCAGUCCGCACAGGCUAAUCAGGGACAACACUUUCGGCUUUUAUGGUAUUUUUCGUUUAAAGGAAGUAUCUUCUACACUAAAAUCCAGUUAAGGCGGAAGGUGUCGUCCCUGAUUAGCCUGUGCAGACUACACAGGUUAAUCUGGGAUGACACUUUAGGCACAUGCAUUAAGCCCAGUUUUCUCAGAACAAGGCUCACAUAGUUUGAUGGUAUGAACAUUUGAAUCAUACUUAAUGUGGUGUUUUUGAAUGACAUUAAAAAUAUUGUUGCAAUUUACGCAGUUUGUUUCAUCUGUAAAUUUGACCCUUUGAGCACUAACUGCGCAUUUUACAAUGUUUGAAGAUCAACCUCACUUACAUCAGAACUUAAAUUUAUAUUUUAAUUAAAUGAAGUGUAAUUAUGCCCCUCUUCGAAGAAGAGGGGGUAUAUUGUUUUUCACAUGUCGGUCGGUCAGUCUGUCGGUCCAUCCACCAGAUGGUUUCCGGAUGAUAACUCAAGAACGCUUUGGCCUAGGAUCAUGAAACUUCAUAGGUACAUUGAUCAUGGCUGGCAGAUGACCCCUAUUGAUUUUCAGGUCACUAGGUCAAAGGUCAAGGUCACAGUGACUCGAAAUAGUAAAAUGGUUUCCGGAUGAUAACUCAAAAAUGCUUAGGCCUAGGAUCAUGAAACUUCAUAGGAACAUUGAUCAUGAUUGGCAGAUGACCCCUAUUGAUUUUCAGGUCACUAGGUCAAAGGUAAAGGUCACAGUGACUUGAAACAGUAAAAUGGUUUCCGGAUGAUAACUCAAGAAUGCUUAUGCCUAGAAUCAUGAAACUUCAUAGGUACAUUGAUAAUGACAGGCAGAUGACCCCUAUUGAUUUUCAGUUCACUAGGUCAAAGGUCAAGGUCACAGUGACUCGAAACAGUACAAUGGUUCCUGAUGAUAACUCAAGAAUAAUUAGGCCUAGGAUCAUGAAACUUCAUAGGUACAUUGAUCAUGACUGGCAAAUGACCCCUAUUGUUUUUCAGGUCACUAAGUCAAAGGUCAAGGUCACAGUGACAAAAACGUAUUCACACAAUGGCUGCCACUACAACUGACAGCCUAUAUAGGGGGCAUGCAUGUUUUACAAACAGCCCUUGUUUUUAAAUGAGUUUAUUCAAACCUUGGAUUUUUUGCAAUUUUAAGAUUGUUAUAAACUUGUUGUAACAUUGUAUUUGGAUAGAAAAUAAAAUAUGUACACUGAAA